AUGACGAUUACGAAACUCUCCAAAGGAUUGAAAAUUGAAAUCCGUCUUUCUCUGUUUCUCAUCUCAUCUCAUACAAUGGCAAACGUUUUGAAGGGUGGCAGUGUUGUUAUGCUCUCAUUUUUCUCUUCACGAGCCACCACACUCUCCCGAACAACAACAACCCACUGUUCAUUUCUUUCCAAGUUCCCUUUUUUCUCACUCUCAUCUUCCUCACGCCCCAAAACCCCAUCUGGGUUUUCUUCAUUUUGCACUGUUGCUUCCGACCCAGUCCCGGAAGGCAUAGCUGCUGAAACCAAUAGCAACGGUGAAAACGAUAAGAGUGUUAAAGAUGCUGCUGGGUUGCUUGACAUAAGGGUGGGUCGCAUUCUCAGGGCAUGGAAACACGAUGAAGCCGAAACUCUUUACGUCGAAGAGGUUGAUAUUGGUGAGCCAGAACCUAGAAUCAUUUGCAGUGGUCUUGUCAAUUACAUCCCUCUUGAACACCUUCAGGGAAAAAAAGUUAUUGUUCUUUCAAAUCUUAAGCCAAGGAAUAUGCGUGGUGUCAAGUCAUGUGGAAUGUUGAUAGCUGCUUCUGAUUCAAAGCAUGAGAAUGUUGAACUUCUGUUCCCACCUGAGGAAGCAAAUCCUGGUGAAAGAAUAUGGUUUGGAUCUGAAGAUGAAAAGGACAAUCAACCUGAAGCUGCCAAACCGAAUCAGAUACAAAAGAAAAAGAUAUGGGAAUUGGUGCAGCCUCAUCUUAAGACAGGUGUUUCUUGUACGGCGAUGCUAGGUGACCAUGUAAUGCGUACAUCUGUAGGCACAGUGGCAUGCCAGUCUUUGCAAAAUGCAAAUAUCUCCUGA